ACUGUAUCUAUAUGCCUGUAUAAGCGUCGCGACUAUCGGUGCCGGUCCGUCGGCUAGUAAGCUAGUUGGCCGUCCAAUUAUUUGAACGUCAUGCGCGCGGACGCGCGAGUCACCACAAAAGCUUCGCGAUCGGUUGUUGGGUACCGGCAUUCGACGGGCAAGGAUUGUCAACGGGUCCUGGCGAUUAACCGGCGUUUACGUCGUAACAGUGUCUCGACAGUCGGACGUAUCGAUAGAGCACAAUGAUACUGAACGUGCUCGAGCCACUCCUCGACAUCCCGACGGUCUACUACGGGGCGCUGAUGGGCUUUGGAUUCUGCGUGUAUUACCUUUUCGAAGUCGUCAAAACGCCGAUGCUGGUAUGCGCGAAUGGACCAUUCCGAUCAUUCCUAGAAGAACAUGUGCCGCUCGUUAGGAACAAAUUUUGGCCGACCUUAUGGUGCUUCGAAUCAAGAGCACAGACUAUUUUAGCCAGUUUGCUUAGGUCACGGAUCUUGCCACAAAUUCAUUAUCGCAGAGAAAUCCUAACCUUGUCGGAUGGAGGUGAAGUGGCUCUAGAUUGGGCGGAAGAAGGAAGCUCUGCUACUUCGCCCAUCGUGAUUAUUUUACCAGGACUUACCGGUGCAAGCCAAGCGGAAUACAUCAAGUGUCUGGUCUCCUCGGCGAAAAAGGUCGGCAUACGAUGCGUCAUCUUCAACAACAGAGGAUUAGGAGGCGUGGAAUUGAAGACACAACGGAUGUAUUGUGCUGCCAACAGCGAUGAUUUGUCCGAGGUCAUCGAACACGUAAAAAAACUGAAUCCCCAAGUACCGCUUGGAGCGACUGGAAUUUCGAUGGGAGGAUUAAUUCUAGGUAAUUAUUUAGCUCAACAAGGUGUAAUGGCAAGCAGCAAACUGAGAGGAUGCUUCUUGAUCUCUGUACCGUGGAACGUUUUCGCCGCGACGAAAAAUACGGAGGAGAAUUAUUUUAAUUUAAUGAUGAACAAAUAUUUGGCUGGCACUCUUCGAAAGAACAUAGAACGUUUGCAUUAUGCGACGGAACCAGGAUUCUUCGACAUCGAUAUUGACACGAUUCUUAAAAGUCAAACCGUGCGAGAGUUUGAUUCGCAUUUCACGGUGAAACAAUUUGGGUAUAGAGACGUGGAGGAGUACUAUUCUAAUGCGACCUUACACGAUAAAUUACACUUAAUUGAUGUGCCGUUGUUAUGCCUUAGCGCUGCUGAUGAUCCAUUUCAACCAGUUCAAGCUAUUCCUCUGAAAGAAAUUUCGGAAACCAAAAAGGUAGCUGUCGUGGUAACUUCGCGUGGCGGGCAUAUUGGUUUCUUGGAAGGCGUGUGGCCAGUUAAAGAGGAACAAUAUAUGGGUAAACUGUUUUCACAAUUUUUCAACGCGCUAUUUACUACUGAUGUUGAUCAUCAGAUGUUAUGACGAACUUACAACUUAAAUUUCAAAUCA